CUGCUACCCAAACCCUCCGAUUCCAGCGCCGCCGUCCUCUCGAUCGUUCUGGUGGCGCCUCAACUUCUCUCCGGCGGCUGCGGCGGCGGCGCGGCGCCGUGAUUUUCUAGGUCGAUCGACCCCGGCCGGCUGGCGGCGGGCGAACGUCAAGUGCAAGACGAUGGCGGCGACGGCGUCGUCGACGGCGGAUGCGCUCGAGCAGAUCAAGAACGAGGCCGUUGAUCUGGAGCACAUCCCGUUGGAGGAGGUUUUCCAGCAUCUGAAAUGCACUCGGGAAGGACUCACCAACGCCGAGGGCGACGCCCGCACCCAAGUCUUCGGCCCCAACAAACUCGAAGAGAAAAAGGAGAGCAAGAUACUGAAGUUUCUGGGGUUCAUGUGGAACCCGCUGUCGUGGGUGAUGGAGGUGGCGGCGAUCAUGGCGAUCGCGCUGGCGAACGGCGGCGGGCGGCCGCCGGACUGGCAGGACUUCGUCGGGAUCAUCGCGCUGCUGUUGAUCAACUCCACCAUAUCCUACUGGGAGGAGAGCAACGCCGGCAGCGCCGCGGCGGCGCUCAUGAAGAACCUCGCCCCCAAGACCAAGGUGCUCCGCGACGGCAGGUGGUCGGAGACCGACGCCUUCGUCCUCGUCCCCGGCGACGUCAUCAACGUCAAGCUCGGCGACAUCGUCCCCGCUGACGCCCGCCUCCUCGACGGCGAUCCCCUCAAGAUCGACCAGUCGGCGCUCACCGGCGAGUCCCUGCCGGUCACCAAGCUCCCCGGCGACUGCGUCUACUCCGGGUCGACGUGCAAGCAGGGGGAGAUCGACGCCGUCGUCAUCGCCACCGGCGUCCACACCUUCUUCGGCAAGGCGGCGCACCUCGUCGACACCACCAACCAGGUCGGCCACUUCCAGAAGGUGCUCCGCGCCAUCGGCAACUUCUGCAUCGGCGCCAUCGCCAUCGGCAUGGCCGUCGAGGUCAUCGUCAUGUACCUGAUCCAGCACCGCCUCUACCGCGACGGCAUCGACAACCUCCUCGUGCUGCUCAUCGGCGGCAUCCCCAUCGCCAUGCCCACCGUGCUGUCAGUCACCAUGGCCAUCGGCUCGCACCGCCUCUCUGACCAGGGCGCCAUCACCAAGCGGAUGACGGCGAUCGAGGAGAUGGCCGCCAUGGACGUGCUCUGCAGCGACAAGACCGGGACGCUCACGCUGAACAAGCUCAGCGUCGACAGGGGCCUCAUCGAGGUGUUCGUCCAGGGCGUCGCCAAGGACGAGGUGAUCCUCCUCACCGCCAGGGCGUCGCGUGUCGAGAACCAGGACGCCAUCGACACCGCCAUGGUCGGCAUGCUCGACGACCCCAAGGAGGCACGCGCCGGCAUCCGGGAGGAGCACUUCCUCCCCUUCAACCCCGUCGACAAGCGCACCGCCCUCACCUACGUCGACCUCGCCGACGGCUCAUGGCACCGUGUCAGCAAGGGCGCCCCCGAGCAGAUUCUGGAUCUGUGCAAAUGCAGACAGGACGUGAGGAGCAAGGUGCACGCCAUAAUCGACAGGUACGCCGACCGGGGCCUCCGGUCGCUCGCCGUGGCGAGGCAGGAGGUGCCGGAGAGGAGGAAGGACGGCCCCGGCGGGCCGUGGGAGUUCGUUGGCCUGCUGCCGCUGCUCGACCCGCCGCGCCACGACAGCGCCGAGACCAUAAGGCGGGCGCUCCACCUCGGCGUCAACGUCAAGAUGAUCACCGGUGAUCAGCUCGCCAUUGCCAAGGAGACCGGGAGGAGGCUCGGGAUGGGCGUGAACAUGUACCCCUCGUCGGCGCUGCUCGGCCAGAGCAAGGACGAGUCCAUCGCCUCCGUCCCCGUCGACGAGCUCAUCAAGAAGGCCGACGGCUUCGCCGGCGUCUUCCCAGAGCACAAGUACGAGAUUGUGAAGAAGCUGCAGGAGAUGAAGCACAUCUGCGGGAUGACCGGCGACGGCGUGAACGACGCGCCGGCGCUGAAGAGGGCGGACAUCGGGAUCGCCGUCGCCGACGCCACCGACGCGGCGAGGAGCGCCUCGGACAUCGUGCUCACCCAGCCUGGCCUCAGCGUCAUCAUCAGCGCCGUCCUCACCAGCCGCGCUAUCUUCCAGAGGAUGAAAAAUUACACGAUUUACGCGGUGUCGAUUACUAUCCGUAUUGUGCUUGGAUUCAUGCUGAUUGCUCUCAUCUGGAAGUUCGAUUUCUCACCGUUCAUGAUCCUCGUCAUCGCGAUCCUCAACGACGGAACGAUCAUGACAAUAUCCAAGGACAGGGUGAAGCCGUCGCCGCACCCGGACAGCUGGAAGUUGCCGGAGAUCUUCAUCACCGGCAUCGUCUACGGCACCUACCUCGCCGUCAUGACCGUCCUCUUCUUCUGGGCCAUGAGGAGCACCGAUUUCUUCACCAGCACGUUCCAUGUGAAGCCACUGAUGGAGAAGGACGAGAUGAUGUCGGCACUGUACCUGCAGGUGAGCAUCAUCAGCCAGGCGCUCAUCUUCGUGACGCGCUCCCGCAGCUGGUGCUUCGUCGAGCGCCCCGGCAUGCUGCUCUGCGGCGCCUUCGUCGCCGCGCAGAUCAUCGCGACGCUGGUGACGGUGUACGCCACCUUGGGGUUCGCCCACAUCAAGGGCAUCGGCUGGGGGUGGGCCGGCGUCAUCUGGCUCUACAGCAUCGUCACCUUCCUCCCCCUCGACAUCUUCAAGUUCGCCGUCCGCUACGCCCUCAGCGGCCGCGCCUGGGACACCCUCAUCGAGCACAAGAUUGCCUUCACGAGCAAGAAGGAUUACGGGAGAGGGGAGAGGGAGGCGCAGUGGGCGACGGCGCAGAGGACGCUGCACGGGCUGCAGACGCCGGAGAUGGGGGACCACCUCGGCGGCGUCGGCGGCGGCGAGCGGAGCAGCUACAGGGAGCUCUCGGAGAUCGCCGAGCAGGCCAAGCGCCGCGCCGAGGUGGCCCGGCUGCGCGAGCUCAGCACGCUCAAGGGCCAGAUGGAGUCCACCGUCAGGCUCAAGGGCCUCGACAUGGACAACGUCCAGCACCACUACACCGUCUGAAGUCCACCGCCGGCGAGCUCGCUCGCCGGAGAAGGAGGAGGCUCCGCCGAGCUCGCUCGCCGCGGCUAUUUUCAGGGGCAGCGUGCAUGCAAUUGAGCCUCUCCUCGUCGUCGUCGUCGUCUGUAAUUCCCUUUUUUUUAUAUUAAAUUUUAAACUUUGGUUUGAGGUCUAGUGGUUAAUUGAGUUGACGGUUUGAGGGUUUGAGUUUGUCCUUAAUUUGGGGUUCUGCUUGAAUUAUGACCUGGCAUUACCUCUCAUUAGAUUUGUGGUUAAUUUCCUCUAAUUGCUUGGAAAUAAUUGAGUUGUUACCGUGCUUUACAGUACUUGGUAUGAAGUUGUUGAAUCUAA